AUGUCGGACCCGAAGCAGGGGCAGGACGCCUGUCCCGUGGACCACAAGAGCAGGGAGGCCUGGCUACAGCAAGGGCGGGAAGCGAACUCAAGCUCCUCAUUACCACCGUCGCAUCCGCCAGUAGCGACGACGACAAGGACGACAACGCAAGGCGACGCGGAAAGUUGUCCCGUCGACCACGGAGCGCGGGAGGUGUGGAUGCAGCAAGCUCGCGCGGCAGCAGCCGGCAGCGCACCAGCGCCCUCACAACAGCCGGGCCCAUCAGCUUCGUCAUCGCAAGCGCAAAUCUCGAGUGCGUCGUGGACAUCCUAUAUCCCACGAAUACCGUUCUUCUCCAGCUCCUCCUCCUCCUCUACCUCUCCGACUUCCACAUCCACACCAAACGCCCAACAGCCGCCACGCACCGCCCAAUCACUAGGCACCGACCGCGAAAUCUCCACGAUCCCGCGGUCCUCGCUCCCGACAGAACCCUCCACGACAGGAGCAGCAGCAGCAACCACACCGGGCGACGUGCCGACGCGGCCCUGGCCCCGUCCCGCAAACAUGGAGCAGGAGACGGGCGCGGACGCGGCGUCAGGCAACUGGAUCUACCCGUCCGAGAAGAUGUUCUUCGAGGCCAUGAAGCGCAAGGGCCACGACCCGCGGACGGCCGACAUGCGCACCGUGGUGCCGAUCCACAACGCCGUCAACGAGCGCGCGUGGGCCGAGAUCAAGGCGUGGGAGGGGCCGUGGGUCGAGGGAUCGAGCUGCGGCGGCCCCCGCUUGCACUCCUUCUCCGGUCUCAGCACGUCGCUGUCCCCCCGCGCGCGCUUCAACAUGCUGCUGGGCUACCAGGCGCCCUUCGACCGGCACGACUGGGUCGUCGACCGCUGCGGCAAGGAGAUCGAGUACGUCAUCGACUUCUACGCCGGGCGCAACAGCAGCGGCGCCCGCGACGCCGCCGGCAAGCUGUCCUUCUACCUCGACGUGCGGCCCAAGCUGAACUCGUGGGAGGGCGUCAAGAUGCGCGCUUUCCGCGCGGCCGGUCUGGCGUAG